AGUGUGUUGUGAUUUUGUGUUUGUGUUUGUGCUGAUUCAUCUGGUGAUUCUGCUCGCCGCCUCAGAUCGAAGGGAAUUCACUUCGAAAUGUCAAGUACCAACAUGGAUGUAGUGGCACAAGAUGUGGCUGCAGAAGAACAACAACAAGAACCUCCGGUGGAAGCAACUGCUAAUUUUGUUCCAGAUGAGUCUGCUUCGAUUGAAAAUAGCAACAAAUCGAGUGUGAAUAAUGUUUAUUGGCAAUACUUUAGUCGAUUUCAAGAGGAAAAAGACUGGAAGGCAAAAUGCAAUCAUUGCAAAUCUGUUCUUGGAGUCAAUCCAAGAAAUGGAACUACAAAUUUGAAGAAUCAUGUGCUCCACUAUUAUAAAAGGAUCAAAUUAGCAAACUCUAGGCAAUCAAUAAUUGCUGAUUCAUUGUCUAAACAUGCAAGGAAUGCUGCGGAUGCUUUUGUAUUUGAUCCAUCUUAUACAAGAAGGUGUAUUGCCAAGGCCAUAUGUAUGCAUGAGUACCCUUUAUCUUUUGUGGAACAUGUUAGAAUGAAGGAAGUAUAUGCAUCAAUGUAACCAACUUUUAAGGUGCCUAGUCGAAACACAAUCAAGAAGGACAUUUUUGAAAUGUAUGAGUUGGAGAAGCUUAAUAUGACUAAGCUAAUAGAUGGAAAUGAUAGUCGAGUA